CGACGUCACUCCUCCUCCAGUAUUGUCACCCCAGACAGGCACUGUGAGCGGGUAAAUACUUCCUCAAACACGCUGCUCUGCUCAUUCUGCUGAAUCUGCUCUCAACUUAAAACAGCACUGCACUGCACGAGCUAUUGAAACCUCGCGGACUCUGAAGCUGUGAUCUCUCACCAUGGCUCCGUUCCUGCGGAUUGCCUUCAAUGAAUUUAACCUGGGAGAACUUCCUCCGAUGACAGAGCAACCGUUCUGUGCCAUCAAGAUGAAGGAAUCGCUCAGCACAGAGCGGGGGAAAACACUGGUCCAGAGGAAGCCCACCAUGUACCCUGCGUGGAAAUCCACAUUUGAUGCACACAUCUAUGAGGGUCGUGUCAUACAGGUGGUUCUGAUGAAAACAGCAGAGGAGGCUCUGUCCGAGGCCACUGUUGGAGUCUCCGUCAUUGCUGAACGCUGUAAAAAAGGCAACGGGCAUGCAGAGUUCUGGGUGGACCUGCAGCCCUCGGGGAAGGUGAUGAUGUCCGUCCAGUUUUUUGUGGAGGAUACAGACCUAGACUCAAAGGCCUCAAUGACUGCAAAAGAUGACGACGGUAUCCUCACGAUAAACAGAAGGAGAGGAGCCAUCAAACAGGCCAAGGUUCACUUUAUCAAGAACCACGAGUUCACAGCCACCUUCUUCAAACAGCCCACCUUCUGUUCCGUCUGCAGGGAGUUUGUGUGGGGUCUCAACAAGCAGGGCUACAAAUGUAGGCAAUGCAAUGCAGCAAUUCAUAAGAAGUGUAUUGAUAAGAUUAUUGGGAGAUGCACAGGAACGGCAACCAACAGUCGAGAUACAAUGUUCCAGAAGGAGCGCUUUAAGAUCGACAUGCCACAUCGCUUCAAGACAAAUAACUACAUGAGCCCCACUUUCUGUGACCACUGUGGGAGUCUACUGUGGGGAAUGGUUAAACAAGGCCUUAAAUGUGAAGAUUGUGGCAUGAAUGUCCAUCAUAAAUGCCAGACAAAGGUUGCCAACCUCUGCGGAAUCAACCAGAAGCUCCUAGCCGAGGCCUUGAAUCAAGUUAGCCUGAAAUCUUCUACAAAGCGUCCAGAUCCCACUCUGUCAGAAAUUGGAAUCUAUCAAGCCAUAGACAAAAAUGUGCCAGCGGACCCUAGUGCGGAGGGCUCUCAGUAUGGGAAAUUCUGGGACAUCACGCCAGCUGUCCCCGCCAGCACCAUUGUCUCCACAGUUCGCGUCUCCUUGAACGACUUUGUGUUCCAGAAGGUGCUGGGCAAAGGCAGCUUUGGAAAGGUGAUGCUCGCUGAACUCAAAGGAAAGGGGCAAUAUUUUGCCAUAAAGGCCCUGAAGAAAGAUGUGGUGCUGAUGGAUGAUGAUGUGGAGUGUACAAUGGUGGAGAAACGAGUGUUAGCUUUAGCCUGGGAAAACCCUUUCCUCACACACCUCUAUUGCACUUUUCAGUCAAAGGAGCACUUGUUUUUUGUGAUGGAGUAUCUGAAUGGAGGAGAUCUGAUGUUCCACAUUCAGGAUAAGGGCCGCUUUGAUUUGUACAGAGCCACGUUUUAUGCUGCUGAAAUCAUCUGUGGACUACAGUAUCUGCACUCUAAAGGCAUUGUAUAUCGAGAUUUAAAGCUGGACAAUGUGAUGCUGGACAAGGAUGGACAUAUCAAGAUAGCAGACUUUGGGAUGUGCAAAGAAAACAUGAUUGGAGAAAACCGAGCCACCACCUUCUGUGGCACACCAGAUUACAUUGCUCCAGAGAUCCUGCUGGGACAGAAGUACAGUUUCUCUGUGGACUGGUGGUCAUUCGGUGUGCUGCUCUACGAAAUGCUGAUCGGACAGUCGCCGUUCCAGGGCGAUGAUGAAGAUGAGCUGUUCGACUCCAUCCGCAUGGACGUCCCACACUAUCCCCGCUGGAUCACCAAAGAGGCCAAAGACCUGCUGGAGAAAUUAUUUGAGCGCGAUCCGACCCGGCGACUAGGUGUUGUGGGAAAUAUUCGUGGACAUGCUUUCUUCAAGACAAUCAACUGGCCAGCGCUGGAGAAACGAGAGGUGUCUCCUCCGUUCAAGCCAAAAGUGAAAUCCUCCAGCGACUGCAGUAACUUUGACCGUGAGUUCCUCAGCGAGAAGCCCCGUCUCUCUCAGAGCGACAAGAACCUGAUAGACUCCAUGGACCAGACUGCCUUUGCUGGCUUUUCAUUCAUAAACCCCAAAAUGGAGAGCCUAAUAGACAAAUGAGGCUGCAGGAGCCAGGAGUUCAACCAGUGUUACACUUGUCAAACUUUCUGGAAGAUCCACAUAGAUAGUGCUGUAUUUAUGUCUUCUUUAAUCAGCUGAUCAAAACUUCAAUCAGAAGGACUUUAUUUGAUGAUGUACUAUUGUUAUUGUAAAAACCCUAAUUGAGAUACAUGUAUGUAGAAGUUCAUUUGACUUUUAAAUUCCCUUGCUAUCAGAAGCAUUACAUGCACAUGGUUAAAGAGACGGUUAAACCAAAAGCAAACCCCCCCCCCCUCCAGUUUUUCUAAAUCGAGUUUCAUUUCUCCCCUGAAAUCUAAACCGGUGUUCUGUCGAUUUGUUCUACUUUGUCAGAUUGUCCUACCUCCCGUUCCAAAAGUAGGCAGCACAUUUUGAUGACAGAAUAGGGUACUUAUCAGAUUUUGCUACCAUGUAACUUCUUAUGUGGAGUAGUGUGAUAUGAAGCUGUAAUAUCACCCUAACCUACCUAAUCCCUAACCCAACCUCAGAACUAUUAAAAUACCAUUUUGGUUG